AUGGCUGGUACUGAGGGUACUUCACUAAUCGUGACGUUCGUUAACAUUUGUAUAUUACUAUUGAAGAUUCAAAGUUUCUUUCUUUCACAACUUAUCUCGAGAUUUUUAGGGAUCGACAUUACCAUAAAAUCAAGCGAGACGAAUUUAAAAGAUAGAUCUCAUAAUCAGGACAUUCUAGAGUUGGUUAAGAGUAAAGGGUAUAUCGUUAGAGAGUUUGUUGUCACUACUAAAGAUGGCUAUUUGUUAGUAUUGCAUAAGAUUGAAAGACCAGGGCGGUCUCAAUAUUUACAUAAUGGGAAGAUAGCCUAUUUUCAUCAUGGUUUAUUAACAAAUUCAGAAUUGUUUGUGUUAGGAACCAAGAAAGAAAAAAACCUACCAUUCUUGUUGUUAGAUUUAGAUUAUGAAGUUUGGUUAGGUAAUAAUAGAGGUAAUAAGUAUUCUAGAAAACAUCUUAAUUUAUCGGUAUGUGAUGUUAAAUUUUGGGAUUUCUCAUUGGAUGAAUAUGCUUAUUAUGAUAUACCUGAUUCUUUAAGUUUCAUUCGUUCGUUUUAUAGACCUGAAGAUAAGAUCACUUAUAUUGGAUUUUCCCAAGGUUGUUCUCAGUUAUUUGCUAGUUUGAGUUUGAAGCCUGAAGUGAAUAAUUAUCUUAAUUUAUUUGUGGGUUUAUCACCUGCAUUGAUACCCAAAGAUUUGAAUCAUCCUGUAUUUAAAAUCAUUUCAAACCAAGCUGCAAAGGAUAAUGCCUUUUUAUAUAGUUUGUUUGGAAGAAGAGCAAUCAUGCCAUCUGUUUCAUUCUGGUUCGAGGUGUUAGGGGUAGAUAUGUAUAAGAAGGUGGUUGACAAGUCCUUAGUUUAUUUGUUUGGAUGGUCCGGAAAGAAUAUUGAUGAUGAACAGAAAUCACUUGGAUAUCCUCAUAUGUUUUCCAAUAGUUCGGUUAAGUCGAUAACACAUUGGUUUCAAAUUAUUAGUUCAAAAAGGUUUCAGAUGUUUGAUGAAACGGGUACUUUAGGAUUGACUCGAUUAUCAGGAGUAUUUGAUGCUUCUAAAUCCAAAAGUCAUAGAGUAACACCAUUCCCUAUAGCGCAUCAUUUGAAUACUCGUAUGUUAUUGUUCUAUGGUGAUCAAGAUAUCUUAGUUUCUAUUGAUAGAGCUCAACAACUUAUCUUAGAUCAUAAUGAAAAAAUGCAAAAUAAAUUGGAAGUAGUGCUAUGUAAAGGCUAUGAACAUAUGGAUACAUUAUGGGGCAACAACGUGUAUGAAGAUGUAUUUCUGAAGGUGGUUAAUAGAAUGGAACUGUUACAUAAUAAGAAAGUUCCAUUUACUGAUGAUUUAAUUACCCCUAUUAAUGGAUCUCUAAAGAAGUUAUGA